GACAGUCGCCCAGGCCAAUUGCUACUUUCAUGCGAGCGCCGCCCGCCCGCCGCCGCAACUUUCCCACGACCCGCGCGUGUGUGACGGCGGAGCGCGCGGCCUGGGGCAGCGUUCUGAACCAAUGGCAGCAGCGGCUCCUGGGGUAGCGCUCCCCCAGUGCAGGGCCCAGUUGUCAAUCACCGGCCCCCAGAGCGCGAGCCCCGGGCAAAGGGGCGGUGCGAUGUGUCAAUCGCCGCCAGCGCUGGCUGGCGGGCGGGGGCUGACAGGUCAGCGGAGGAGUUGCUAAGUGCAAUACCGUGGGAAAAGCCAGCAGUCUGCUGCAGGCAGCCGAGCGGGCAAUAUCUGCUGCAAGCUCCAUUAAUGUUACAGGGCACACGGGAACAAUUGCACCAAACAUGAAGAGAACUCACGAUUAUAGCUCGUCGGAUAGUGAACUGGACGAAACGAUCGAAGUGGAGAAAGAAAGUGCCGAUGAAAAUGGGAACUCCAGCACGGCCACCGGCUCAAUGUCCCCCAGCACCACUUCCCAAGUCCUGGCCAGGAAAAGGAGGCGCGGGAUCAUAGAAAAACGUCGCCGGGAUCGUAUUAAUAACAGCCUGUCUGAACUACGAAGACUGGUGCCCAGCGCUUAUGAGAAACAAGGAUCCGCCAAACUCGAGAAAGCAGAAAUUUUGCAAAUGACUGUUGAUCACUUGAAGAUGCUGCAUGCGGCCGGUGGCAAAGGUUAUUUUGAUGCUCAUGCUCUGGCCAUGGACUACCGCAGCCUAGGAUUUCGCGAAUGUCUGGCUGAAGUAGCUCGGUACUUGAGUAUUAUCGAAGGCCUGGAGAACUCCGAUCCUCUCCGUGUUCGCCUGGUCUCUCACCUCAACAACUACGCAUCUCAGAGGGAAGCUGCAAGCACUGCCCCCCCAAGCAUUGGACAUCUUUCCUGGGGCAAUGGCUUCAGUCACCACCCACAUCACCAUCUGCAUCCGCUCCUGAUGCCACAGGUUGUCCAUAACAAUAGCAAUACGGCUUCAACAGAGCCUCGCCAUCAAACCAGGAUCGGUGCUUCCUCACACACUGAUACGUCUCCACAUAGGGUGGCUCCUAAUUGCAGUGUCGGUCCAGUCAUACCAGUGGUUACCUCCUCCACCAAACUGUCCCCUCCUUUGUUCUCAAUGUCAUCCUUAUCUGCAUUUCCUCUGUCUUUCAGCACUUUCCCCUUGAUUUCUCCCAGUACAUUCAGUUCAUCAGCUCAGACUCCAACGAACCACAUUGGCAAGCCCUACAGACCCUGGGGGACAGAGAUCGGCGCUUUCUAAAGACUGUUCUGAAGGAUUUUCCUUCCUUAAACUGACAGAAUUAGUGACUCUGUAGCUUAAACUCAGCUGAGCUGAGCUGUUGUCAACUUUACUGCCCUGGAAUGUUCAGGAUAUUCUUUGAGUUUACUGCUGGCAAAAAGUGUAUAACUUCACAGUCUGAAGUUCUGUGAACCAAGCUAUCUAGAUUGCCUCUUUAGCUCAGUGUUAUAAAUAAUAUUCAAAAUAUUUUCACGUGAGCAUUUUGAUCCCUUCAUUGUUGAAGUGUUCAGUUGCAAGGUUCGAGAAGUUCAUAUUACUGUUGAGAUUAGUCUAAACAAGCUCUGCUACUUUCUGUCAAGUCUUGAGAGAUCUUUUCAGACAUCUUUAUUAUCAGCUUCCUUGAAGCUUUGAGUAUAAAGUUAUUCAAUUUUUAAAGAAGUCUAAUAUAAAAAAUUGGAUUAAAUGUAUAUGUCUUGUCACUUAAAUCCUAUUGUUUAUUCCCCAAAAAGAAUAGUUAGUAAAGUUUUAGAAAGGAUACAUCUUUUAAAUCAAGUUAAGUUGAUUAGCAAUAUUAAUAAGAAAUUUGGAUUGCAAGCGCUUUUGUGUGUAUUUGCGUGUGACUGCUUGGGUAUGUUUGUGUGUAUGAGUGUGAGGUUCCUGUGUGCAUGCGUGGACAAUGUGUGCAUUAUUGUAUGUGCGCACAUGCAUGCAGGCAUUAUUUUGCUCGUGUGUUUGCACACGUGAUAGAUUAUUUGUAUGGGUGUAUGCAUGGGUGAAUACACAUGAGGAUUUGUUUGUGUGGCCGAGUGUGUGUUUGCAUGCAUGAGUCGAGGUUAGGAUAUGCAUUUUGCUUAUGAGAUUGAUUUAAACGUUGCCUGAAAAUAUUAACUUACUACCCUUCAAAUAUUUCAAACAGCAAUCUCUAUAAUCAACAGUGACAUCCUACAUCUAUUUAUUAUGUACUGCAUCUGUACAUGAGAAACUAUAAGGUCAACAUUACAUGCCUUAAACACAAUAAAAUCUAAAAACUAGGUUAAUUUGAUAAGCUCAAUAUGCUGGCACUUUAGUUACUAAAUAAAGUGCUUAAGUAAUGUAGAUUUUAAUCUUUACAGUGAUAUUUUAUAUUUUAUGUUGCAUAAUGGAGCGAGGACAAAUCAGAUUUCCAGCUUUGUUUCUGUGAGCACUUUCCAGUGCUGAAGCCAUUAAUUUUUGGACGGUAAAGAAAGCUGUCGUGUUCGGUUACAGUGUUCUGGUGUGUGUUGACAAUACUAAACAGAAGAAAUAAUAAACUACAAGUGCAAUUGAAGAUAA